AUGCGCCAAUUUUACACUGAGAAACCCUCUCUCAAGCCUAAUUUCGCUGGCGCGAGCUUGUAUCCAGCCUGCACCGCCAAUCUAGGCCCUCACACGGUAUGCCUCGAUCACUUGGACUCGAUGAAUUACCCUGGAUGCCCUUGUGUUAUCACCGCGAUCGGUGAUUUCAACCCGGAUCAAGGCGGCCAGUUGUAUUUUCCUCAACUGCAGCUUUUCGUCCGUUUUCCUCCGGGCUGUACGGCGUUGCUGUGUUCCGCAGCUCUGCGACACGGCAACACCCAGCUUUCACAGAAUGAUGUGACCAACGAUAAAAGGCGAUUCUCUUUCACCCAGUUCGUCCCUGGCGGCAUCGUCAGGUAUGUCCAAGCAGGAUUUAAGAUGGUCGGCUCCUUCAAGGGUAAGAGGCGCGUAGCUAUGGAGGGCGGGUACAAAGGGGCUCGGCGUGACGAGCAGCUCGCCCGCCUUUCCACUCAGGAGUCGCUGAGCCGAGAUAGGGCGUCGUUGCAGAAGAGCCACCAUUCAUGA